AUGACAAGCCCCGAAGCCUGGCGAAACGUGCUGAUAGUUGUUCCACUCCUUGGCGCUGCCCUGGCAACGGUCUUCUUCUUUCUGCGGGUGUAUAGUCGUCGUGUGUCGGGGGUGGGAUUGAAGACGGAGGAUUUUCUGGCGGGGAUUGGACUGGUUGCGUCGUAUGGGGUUACUGUUUGUGUUAUCGUUGCUGCGUUUCAGGGUGUUGGCAAGUCAAUAUGGAGUUUGCCGAAUGAGCAGGGAGGACGGAUUACCUUUGUCUUCUGGCUCGCCCAAACAUUCUGGCCGAUAUCCCAACUCUUCGUCAAAACAGCCAUCACCACCCUCCUGCGCCGUCUGCUGGGCUCCGUCAACCGCUAUCGCACCCUCACGACAGCCCUGGUCGUCUUCACCGUGGUCUGGUGCGUGGCCGCCAUAAUCGGGAAUAUCAUCCAGUGCAUCCCGCCGCAGUAUUUCUGGGACAAGACGAUACCUGGCGGCCACUGCAUGAGCGGGCAGAGCGCGUUUUUCAUGGCGAUCGGGGCGAUUUCGUUAUUUGAGGAUGUGGUGCUAUUGUGUUUGCCGUUGCCGAUGGUGUGGAGGUUGCAGAUGGUGAGGCGGGAAAAGGCGCAGAUUACCGUGUUGUUUUUGAUGGGGAGUUUAGCCUGCGUGUUCAGUCUGCUCCGUCUGGUCGAAUUCCACAACUACGGCACUAACAAGAUAUCCGACCAUGGCGCCCUCGAAUCAAUCUGGACUCUGCUUGAGCUCAACUUUGCCACAAUCUGCGGCUCUCUCGUCCUUAUGAAACCGAUAUACCAGCGCUGCAUGUCCUCCCUACGCAGAUACAGCAGAUACAGUAGCAGCAGCGGGAAAAAAUCCUUCUCCUCUAGAUCCUCGGAAUAUGAUGGAAUCUUCAGGCCGUGGGCGUUUGGGACGACGACCAGCCACCAUACAGAAGUCCGGGCUCAUGCGUUCCCUACGCCCUCUUGUGAGCAAGAAGAAAGUGUCGAUUUGAGUGUGAGACUGCCGAGUGUGGAUGUAAGUAGUAGUAUUAUUUAUGAUACGGCAAUUAAUCAACAGGUGAGGAUGGAGUCGGUGUCGAGUCAAUCGAUAAGAUGA